UUGUGGGCUAUUUAUACGGAAUUGUUUUUGGCCUUUCUCUGCUCGUGUAAUGGAGGAGACAGAAUUUGAAGGAGAUGACUCUUUAGAGUCGUUGGAGGAGUCUCAGGUUGUCCUCAGUGAGCUGGCCAGUGACAGCAGCCUGGACAGGAUCAGGACGGAGUACGAGAAACUCGCUCAUGCUCUUAAGAAGUCGCGGGAGAAUGAAAAAAGGCUGAUGUCAAAAUGCAGGGAGCUGAACGCAGAGAUCGCGUCGACAUCAACCAAAGUGGCAACUGCCCUGAAACUGUCCCAGGAAGAUGAGACGACAAUAAUGUCACUCAAGAGGGAGUUGGAUAAGGCUUGGAAAUUGAUUGAUGCGGCUCAUGAUAAAGAGAGGAAGGACCAGGAAACAAUCAAGAAUUUAAAAGAAGACGUUUUCAAGCUCACAAGGGCAACCGAGCAAAAAACCGGACAACAGCAGGACCAAGAACGAAUGGAUUUAAUUAAAAUGAUCGAAGAGUUGACAAAGGAGAGAGACCAGCUGAUGGACAAGGCAGCGGACCUAAGAGAGAAACUAAACAAGGCAACUGUAACUCAGCAAGACAUAGAGGCUCAAAAAGAGACUGCUGUAGAGAAGAUCUUGAAGCUGCAGCAGGAGCUCCAGGUGCAACAGAACGAGCUCUCCAGAGAGAUGAGACUGAAUGAGAAGCUCGACAAGGAGAUCCAGCAGCUGCACACUGACAUGGAGGCCAAGAUGGCUGAAAUCAAAGCUCUGAACACGCAGGCACAGAAGGCCAGAGAGGAGCAGCAGAGACUGGAGCACCAGCUCAGAGAUCUAAAGGUAUUGCAUGAGCGCUCGACCAAAGAACUGGAGCAGAUUCAGGUGAAGAGCAGCAAACUGCAGCAGGAAUGUGAUCGUCUCCUGUCAGCCAAGGAACAGCUCUCUCUGGAGAAUCAUCAGAAGGCCAGCGAACUGAAGAUAAGAGAGGAGGAGCUGAGUCACAUGCGUCAGGAGGUCGCCAAACAGACCAAGAUGAGAGAAGCCAUCCAGAAGAAGUUCCACCACAUGGAGGAGCAGAAAGCUGAACUAGACCAACAGAGGGAGACGCUGAAAGCUCAGAUCGCUGGCCUGGAAAAAGAUCUUGAAGCUUCCCGGAAGCAAGUGGAAGUUGAUAAAAAAGCCAAGGAGGAGCUGAUCCGAGAGAGGGACAAUCUGCACAAGAACAUGACCAAAGCCGUGCAGUCGGCUGAGAAGCAGCAGGACCUCAUGAAGCUCUUGGAGCAGGACAAGAGAACCUUGAAGCACGAGAUCUCCGGGUUCUGGCAGGAGGCGCAGAAGCAGCGGAAGGUCAUCCAGCAGCUGGAGAAGGAACGGGACCGCUACGUCAACGAGAGCAGCAGCCUUAUGCAGAAGGUGCAGCAGAAACUCACUGUUGUCGAAGACAAAGAGAUGGAGAUAUUUGAUUGGAGAAAGAAAGCUACAGAGUCAGAGUGUAAACUCAAACAGCAGGAGAACCUGCUGGAGUCAGUCAUCGCGGAGAGGAAUCUGUACAGCAAAAACCUCAUAGAGUCUCAGGAGGAGAUUUCUGAAAUGAAGAGGAAAAUAAAGACUAUGAGCAACCAAGUUGCCCGGCUUAAAGAUGACAUCACUGAGAAGGAGCAGGAACUGGUCAGAGAUCAGCAGGAGCAGAAGAGGCUGGAGAAGGAGAACGAAGCCUUCAAGGGGGACCUGCAGUCAAUAAAACUGCAGCUGGAGGAAACAAAGCAGCUUAUUGACAGCCACAGGACAGAACAGCAAAAACUGCAGAUGAUAAUCACCAGCAUGGAAGAAGACCGAGUCCAGCAGCAGAAGCAGCUGCAGCAGGUGAUCCGAGAGCGGGACAGCCUCGGCAAGCAGCUGCUGCAGCGGAACGAUGAACGCGCUCUGCUGUUUGAGAAGAUCCGGAUCCAGCAGUCCGUCCUCAGCAAGGGGGACUUCCACUACAAGCAGAGGCUGGAGGACAUCCAGCUACUGAAGCUGGAGAUCAAGAGGCUGCGCCGCAGCAACGACAUCCAGGACAGGACUUUACCCAACACAGAGGAGCUGAGGACGGAGCAGCUCCGCCUGCAGACGGAACUGCUCAGAGAGAGAACCAGGAACAGUGUUCUGGAGGACCAGCUCAAGCCCAUAAAUAUUCACCGAUGGAGGCAACUGGAGGGCAGCGACCCAGGAAAGUAUCAGCUCAUCCAGAAGAUUCAGGCAUUGCAGAAGCGACUGAUUGUUAAAACCCAGGAGCUGGAGGAACGGGAACUGCUGCUGCAGGAAAAAGAGAAGCUGUAUGUGGAACUGAAGCAGGUUCUGGCCCGGCGGCCCGGUCCCGAGGCUGCCAAGCAGCUUCAGGAGUACCGCUGGACCAUCGGGGACCGGACCAAAAAGCUGCAGGCUCUGACGGCAGAGCUGAGGACGCUCGACUCAAAGAUGAACGAAUACAAACGUGAGAAUCAAAGACUGAGCGGUGAGCUGGCAAAUAUAAAGAAGAAGUAUCUGAGUCAGAAAAGGCUUCGUAGUGAGCGGAGAAGCAGGACCACAGUGCAGGAACAGGAAGCUCUGCCACAGCUGAGCAGCACGCCUCCCUUCGCCAGAGCAGCCUUCAGGAUUUACAACCCGGUCAAACUCUGACGCCCACUGUCUGCAUUUUUGUUACAAAUAUGCGCAAAUCUUUGUCUAUAUUCUGCUAAUGUCAAAAAAACCCACAAUCUUGCAAUUGCGGUGUUUCGUGCGUUAAAGCGGCAAACCUCUUAUACUUGGGAGCAGCAGCUACGUACCUGACGUUUUGGGGGAAAUUGUAUUUGGCAAUUUUAGAGAAGAGCUAUGGAUUCAAGAUGUUCAAAUAAAACAGA